AUGUUUUAUUCGCGGCAAGAUUCUUAUCGACUUGGGGUCGUCGCGAUAUGCCUCUUCGCCUUUCUCAAACAUGUCCAGGGAGUAUCUAUGGAGUAUUGCUCAACCUUGAAUACAGGCUCAGGCAGUGCCAAUUCCUCUAUCUAUCAAUCCGAUGGUCUAUGUUACGAUUUCUGCUUGGAUGAAUAUGCAUUUGCUGUGGUACAAGGAUCAGAAUGUUGGUGUUCAAAUUAUGUGCCUGGGACGACAUCUUCUACGAGCGAUUGCGACACUCCAUGCCCAGGGUAUCCGGAUGAUACGUGUGGUGGAGAUAGUUUAUAUGGGUACAUGUCUUUGACACUAUCUCCAUCAGGAACAAAAGGAGCUGCUACUACAUCGUCGACGUCGACUUCAUCUGAGAAGGUAACUACUUCGACUUCGAGUCCUGAACCAGUGACAACUUCUUCUUCAACUGCUGAAGCCACUUCUUCUACUGUUUCACCCAAAACUACUUCAUCAACUAGCGCCACAGAAGCAUCCACUACUUCAACAAUACCACCAACUACGGUCGCCGCCCAGAAAUCGUCUUCGUCUACAUCUGGCUCGACAAGUUCUACAUGGACACCUACUCCAGUCAUAUCCCUCGAGACUAUUACCGGGCAAGUUCGAACGGUUACUGUUACCCCAACUGCACCACCAAAUUCAAGCAGCGACUCGUCGGUUUCGGAAGGAAAUGGAGGUUUGACAACUGGCGCGGCUGUGGGUCUCACGAUUGGUCUGGUAGCUUUAAUCGCAAUUAUCGCUGGUGUUACAUACUUCUGUAUAAGGAAGAGAAGACAAGAAAAGGCUGAACGAUAUGCAGCCGUGAACAGUCGAAGGGAAAGCUUAGCCGGUGUAGUCGGUGUGGGUGGACCAAUACCAUCGAGAACCAUGAGCGAAAAUUCACGAUUUGUUCUCGGCACCGAUGGAAAACGCGUUGUCGAAACGUGGGAACCUGAAUUACAUACACCUGGAUCUAGGAGGAGUCAAUUGAUGCCUGUGGAUCCAAGAUUGGAUCCUUUUGCUCCCGUCUAUCAACGUGGAGACAAUAAGAGUCGGGAGAGUAUCAAUACUAUUCGAGAUGAUCACGAUUACUCAAGGCGAGUUCAUCAACAAGGACCAAUACUUCGAGCUGUCAACCCUGAUCCCGAUUAA